CACUUCAGUUUCAGUCUCGACCGUGCUUCGUUCUAGUCAGGAGGUUCUCCCGAUCAAUCGCAAUCGUACCUGUCACCACGGGCACAUGUCACCGAGCUGGUUCUGAUCUAUUGGAUCAGAUGUCGCCGCGUUGUUUGGGCGGCUUUUGCGGUUCUGAAGAAAUAAUCCCACACGCAUCCACGUCUGCGGCUUUCGGGCGGAUUCUGUGACACAACUCUUCUGAGGUGAAGGCGGCCGAAGCAUGUUGAAUGCGGUGUUUCCUCGUUAUUUUUUGCUUAUUUUCGGAUAGGCAUGUUUCGAACCGCUUUGCGGUUACGUGCGACGUGUGAAAUUCAAAACCGAAAAUCGAAAUUCAUUGACCAAAAAGAACUUCGCGUAACCACAAUCACGAAACGAAAGGGCCAGAGGCCAGCCAAAAGCCAAAAGUGCCACAUUUGUAACCCACGGAGAAUGCAGGUGGUGACGAAAUCGAGUGCCAUGCUACCGGAAUGAACGAUCGGCGGUCGGAUUGUGAUUAACGAUGUGUUAAAUUAAGUUAAACAGAAAAGCGUGCUACAAUUUAGUGCUGCUUCCCACCUUCAAAACAGAGUGAAGUGUUCUUUGGAAAACGCCGGCUGCUGGUGUUGAUUCGAUCGGAGAUUAUCAGUAGAUGUUGAUGGCCGUAAAUGGAGAUAACUUAAUUUGUGUUUAGUUUGGAACAUUGUGGAUAUAAGAAGUGCUUGGGCCAUAUGGUGUGAUAUUUAUGGUGUGAACAUCAAACUUCAAUGCGAAGCAACAGACAACCAAAACAGAGUAAGAGCUCGUACGAUCAAUCGAACCAAUGCCGCUUACUUCGCGGGGUUAUCAGCGCUGUUGAAUCUCCGUUCAAUUACGAAGCAUCUCGAGUACAGAUCGCAGCGGGUGCAGACAGCCCGCGCGCGUUUGUAAACGGAUUUCAGCGAUGCGUCAUCCGCUCAUCCGUUCGCGCGAACCUGCUCACGGGAUAACUCUCCCGCGUGAGGCUUAGGAACAGGUUUACUUCCACGGUGUAAAUUGAAAUAGUUUUGUAAAUAUCGAGGCGGUGACCGGGAAGCAGUUAAAAAACAUCUUCGAUUUCGGAGGGAAGCCUUCAAUCAGCCAAGAAAGCCCAAGAACACCCAUCGCUUCUCACGCGUUAACUUGUGCCAUUAAAGCUGUCGAGUGAUCCGUCAUUCGAUGAUUACCUGGCGAGUACAAAAGAACAAAUUAGCGAGAUUAAUCAGUCGAGUUACCUCGAAUGGGCGAAUCGUGCGAAUGACUUGAGCUCGAAACCCUUUACACGAUAUCAUCCCAGCGGGUGACAAACAAAGAACUCCUCCUUCGGCACGGAUUGUAUUUUGAUGGCGUUGCGUUUGCCAAAGCGCGAAUCGAACGGUGCGACAAUGGUUGGCCUUAAAGUUUGCAUUGGCAGCUCGCUGAUUAGAUAGCGUUUGCUGACGGGGGAAGUCACAGAAACUGUGACAGCGCCCACGGUGCGCGAAUGGACGCCAAACACAAAUCAGCCCGGAUCGUUCCGGCCUCGAGAUCGGCGAAUAAUAUUUUGGCCAGUGUUUUUGGAGCAAGACGGUGCGACGCAUGGAGCGAAAAUGAGCGCGAGAGAUCAUCGCAGAGUCAUGCCCAGGAUGGAGAUCUUUCGGAGCCGUUCAUUCGAAAGGAUAGUGAAAGUGAUACCAGUGUCGAUAGCGAGAGACUAUGUGUGGAGUCAAACGCUCGAAUCUUUGCGAUUGAUUUCGAGAAAAAUGUGCCCAAAGACAAACGGGAUAAGAAAGAAUCUCGUGAUGAUGAUUCUCAUAGCGAUGCCAAAGUGGUGGACAAAUUUGUCCGAACGAACAAGCAAUUGAAGACGCGGAAAAAUGCCAAAUCUGCGCUGGUCAAAUUGUGCCGAUGCUGUCCUUGGACGGUUCCCUGGAGCAUGUUGAUCGUUAGCGCAAUACAAAUACUUACAUAUACUCUAAAUAAUGAUAGCUUAUACCGAUUGAUGAUAUUCUCACCGGUUCGUCAGUUCGAGAUAUGGCGUUUCGUGACUUAUACCUUCCUACAUGCCGGUGCAGUGCAUCUGAUCCUCAAUGUUAUUAUUCAGACGAUGGUAUCGUUCCCCCUGGAGACGGAACAGGGCCAUGGGAAUGUCCUGCUUGUGUACUUUGCCGGAGUGCUCGCUGGUGGCCUGGGGGCAUCCGUGUUUGAACCGACCCUUAUGGUGGGAGCCUCAGCUGGAGUGUACUGUCUGCUGAUGAGCCAUAUUCCGCACAUUGUCAUGAACUUCCAAUCACUCUCCUAUCGCUACUUUCGAAUAGUGGCAGUGCUGGUGCUGUGCAUUAGUGACGUAAUCUACUCCAUCCGGCACUGUCUGACCAAGGGGAACCUGCAGCCGAGGAUAGGCGUGGCGGCCCACGUGAGUGGGGCCACCUGUGGUCUGCUGUUCGGCUUCAUCGUGUACCAGGGGGGAAAGCUGGUGUACUUUCGGAUAGCUCGGUACGCGGGACUGCUGCUGUAUCUGGGCUGGAUCGUGGCGACAGUUUUCUACAAUAUGGAGAGGAGAUUCUAGAAUGCGCAUUUUGCGCGCUCGUUAGAUAGAUAAUUGUAUUUAACAUCGGAUAAUGUGAUCAAAGGCCAAAAAAAUAUGAUUGAAGCAAACAAAAAUGCAAUCCAAACUGUACCUUAAUACAAAUGGCAAUAAAUUAACAUAUAUAUAGAGUCAUUUACACAAUAGUGGAUGAAGUUCAUCGAAUUGAUCACAAAGCUGAUUGCAAAUUGA